AUGGCGGAUAUUUCUCGUCAGCCUGACUCCGCAGCUCAGCCGUUGGAUCCCGUCCUCGUGGAGGGAGCGCUCUUCUUCCGGCCAGAGGAGGGGGGGAAGGCGGAGAUUGCGCAAGGCGCAAAGGCCGCUGCGGAACACCUGCAGCAACAACAGCAGGAGCAGCAUGGCGCGCGGAAUUAUCCUUCAGAUGCGCGUAACGUGGCGCACGGAGAGGGCGCAUGGUCCUUUCGUUUCAAUCACAGCAACGCGGGUAGAGCAAGCGAGGCGGCUGAAGCGGGAAGCACGGGAACGGGUAUAGGCGUGCAAUUGAGGUCAAUCAACGUGAGAACGACCAGGAACAGAAACACCCCCCGUACUAGCUGGGAGCGGCAGGAGGGCUCAACCCUCGGCUCGUCGUCUUCCCCUAACAGCGCGUCCCCGUUUGGAGCUGCUUCGGUUACAGCAACGGAGGCUGGAGACUCGCUGGCGGUGUACCGACGAGCGGUGGCCAAGCUAGUGGCGUUUGGGUUCAACGGGAAGGAGAUUAACGACCAUGCGCGCCGCCUCAUUGCCUUGGGUGCAGGCGGCGUCGUCCUCUUCGCCCGCAACUUCUCUGACCCCCGCCAGCUGGCCUCUCUCUGCGCCGACCUCAAGCGGGCGGCGUUCCCUCGGCGUCUUCUCAUCAUGGUGGAUCAGGAGGGCGGCAGAGUCACCCGCCUCGGCCCGCCCUUCACCUGCAUCCCUGCCGCCCGCACCAUCGGCUGGCACGGGGAUACGUCAGUAGAUAGCCACCUGGCGCUUCCUUAUUCGUCACACGAUCUGAGCCGGCUUGAAUCCGUGGAGCUGGUGCCAUUUGCACGGGCGGCAGUGGAUGCUGACGUGGCAGCGGUGAUGGUCGCCCACGUGGCAGUGCCUGCUCUUGCCACGUGGCAGCCUCCUCCUUCCAUGGAGUACCUCCCAGAGAGUGUGAAACGUGCCAUCAGUCCACGGUGGGAGCUGUUUUCUCCGUACAGGAGGCGGAAGCAGUGGGACGAGGCGAGGAGAGAAGCAGAAGCAACCUUGGGAUUGCCGCGAUCGCUCUCUGAAUCUGACCUGAGGGCGUCUAGCAGUGCUGAUGGUAAGAGUAGCCAUAGCAGCAGAAGCAGUAGUAACAGUAGGGUUACCACAGGUGCUGACACAGUGAAAUCCCGCACGGCACCAUCAACCACACAACAGCAGCCACACCAGCAGCAGCCUACCCCUCCCACCAACCACCCCACCCCUUCCCCCAACCCUUCCCCUCUGACCGCCUUUGGCUCUUCCCUCCCCGCCACUCUCUCCCCCGGCGCGCUCUCUUACCUUCGUAUGGAGAUUGGUUUCGAAGGUGCCGUCUUAUCAGACUGCCUGGAGAUGGGGGCGAUAGUGAAGCAUGUGGGCGUGGGAGAGGCGGCAGUGCUGGCUGUAGCAGCAGGAGUGGAUAUGGUGUUGGUCUGUCACACGGAGAGCAGACAGACAGAAGCUGUUGAUGCGCUUGCAAACGCGCUACAGUCCGGGCGGCUCUCGGUGAAAAGAUUCCGGGCAGCUUCUCGGGCAGUUGACGCUCUGGCGCGAGUGUUUUGGGGGCCACCCCCGCCGGAGGGGAGUGAGGUGGAGGAGAGGUAUUGGGAGGAGGAGCAGCGGGUGGUGGGGUGCAGGGAGCAUAGGGAGGUAGUGGCUGAGAUAGAGCAUGAGGCUUUGGAAAGGGGAGAGGGGGAUGAUUGGAAGGAGAGGGAGAGGAAGGAGGGUGGUCGGCGAUGUACUAUAUCGUAA